CCAUGGAGAAAAAACCUGCUGUGGACCUGGAAGUUCCUAAUGGUGCAGCUGUACCAGAUGAUGUGUGUGGAGCAAAACCACAGAAGAUAAAAGAGAGAGGGCAAUGGAAUAAUAAAGUAGAGUUUGUGCUUUCCGUGGCAGGGGAGAUCAUUGGGCUGGGAAAUGUCUGGAGAUUUCCUUAUCUUUGUUAUAAAAAUGGAGGCGGUGCCUUCUUCAUUCCAUACCUCAUCUUCCUUUUUACUUGUGGGAUUCCUGUGUUUUUCUUAGAGACAGCCCUUGGACAGUACACAAGUGAAGGUGGUGUGACUGCCUGGAGAAAAAUCUGCCCAAUUUUUGAAGGUAUUGGUUAUGCAUCACAGGUAAUAGAAUCAUACUUGAAUAUCUACUACAUCAUUGUACUGGCCUGGGCUGUAUUCUACCUCUUCAGCUCUUUUGCUGCAGAAUUACCUUGGGCAAGCUGUAACCAUGAAUGGAACACAGAAAACUGUGCCGAAUUCCAGAAGAAAAACAGUUCCAUUGACUGGGUACCAUCACCAAAUGCUACCUCUUCAGUUGUUGAAUUCUGGGAGCACCGUGCCUUGAGGAUUUCCAGUGGAAUUGAACACUUGGGCACACUGCGCUGGGAGCUGGUGCUCUGUCUUCUUUUGUCCUGGGUCGUUGUCUACUUCUGUAUCUGGAAAGGAGUUAAGUCAACUGGAAAGGUUGUUUAUUUCACAGCAACCUUUCCGUAUGUCAUGCUCAUUGUCUUGCUUAUCCGAGGAGUUACCCUUCCAGGAGCUGCAAUGGGAAUCAAAUUUUAUUUGGCCCCAGACCUCUCCCGUCUUGCAGAUCCACAGGUAUGGAUGGAUGCUGGUACACAGAUCUUCUUUUCUUACGCAAUUUGCCAGGGUUGUCUGACUGCUCUGGGAAGUUACAACAAGUACAAUAACAAUUGUUACAGAGACUCCCUUGCACUUUGCUGUCUGAAUAGUGGGACGAGUUUUGUUGCUGGCUUUGCUAUUUUUUCUGUGCUUGGAUUUAUGGCUCAUGAGCAAGGUGUGCCUGUUUCAGAAGUUGCAGAGUCUGGGCCGGGGCUGGCAUUCAUUGCAUAUCCAAAGGCAGUUACCAUGAUGCCACUCUCACAGCUUUGGUCCGUUCUCUUCUUCUUAAUGAUUAUUUUCUUGGGCCUUGACAGCCAGUUUGUGUGCGUGGAGAGUCUUGUGACAGCAGUAGUCGACAUGUUUCCUCAUGUGUUCCGGAAGGGAAAACGACGUGAACUUUUUAUCCUGUGUAUUGCUGUGAUCUGUUUUUUGAUUGGUUUGGUAAUGUUAACAGAGGGUGGAAUGUAUGUCUUUCAGUUGUUUGAUUUCUAUGCAGCCAGUGGAACCUGUUUACUUUUUGUGGCCAUUUUUGAAGCAGUUUGUAUUGGCUGGGUGUAUGGUGCGGACCGUUUCUAUGACAAUAUUGAGGACAUGAUUGGCUAUAAGCCCCUGCCAGUGCUGAAGUACUGCUGGAAGUAUUUGACCCCAGCUGUCUGCGUUGGCACCUUCCUGUUUUCCCUGAUAAAAUACAGCCCUCUGAAGUACAAUAAUACAUAUGUAUACCCCACCUGGGGCUACGUCAUAGGCUGGCUGAUGGCAGUGUCGUCUAUGAUCUGCGUGCCACUUUUUGUCAUCUAUAUUGUUUGCAGAACCAAGGGACCAGUGGAAAAGAGAUUUUCUCAGCUGAUAAUUCCUUCACCAGAUUUACCUCAGCCAAAGAAGAACCAUACAAAGCUCACAAGCUUGGAAGAUCAAGAGGAAAAGUGCCAGCAGCCCGCCAAGGAACUGAAAGAUGGCCUCUUAGUGGAAAAUGAAGCAAAAUUUUAAAUACGUGUUGCGAAUGUGUAUGGGUCACACCCUAAAAUUUAUCUCUGAUUCCUGAACAAAGACUGAAGUUGUGAUUGUUUAUGUAGACUAGUCUGUUUAUUAUAGUCCUUGAAAUGCAUGUAAAUAUGGUAUGUCCACCCUCGUGACAACACCAUUGUCAGAGAAGUGGCAAAAUAUAAUAAUGUAAUCUACUGCCAACAAAACAAAUGGGUAGAAGCCUCAUAUAAAUCUCCUGGUAUGUCUCCAGAGUGGAAACAAAUGCAUUCAUUGCAUAGCAGAAAAACAGUAUGCCAGAAAGAGAAAUAUACUCAUUUCCCAACUUUACUACUUAAACUGAAGAAAUUGUUAUUUGAGGAUACAAUGAAAGGUAUUUUUAAUAUAGUAAUGGUAUAAUGUGAAUCAUGUUUGUUUUUCACUCUUCGUUGUGAAAGUCAGCUUAAAAUAGAGUUCAUUUUUGAAGAAACUCUUGUUUUUACAUGUAACAUCCAACACAGAGCUGUUGAUUUGCCAUUACGUACAGAUAAUGUACCUUUAAUAUUAUGGGUUUGUUUUACUACUGGAAGUGUUGCAGGUAUUGGUACACAGUCUUCUUGAUCCACAUCAGUACGCUAAGUUUUCUCACUGCUUUCUUUUUACCUUUAAGAACGUAUUCUUAAUGUACUAUUAUGUUUUAGGAUUCAGAUGUCAAAAAUACAUGACUGAAUGAAAAUGUCAGGACAAAAUGGUCUAGUCCAGAAAUGUACAUAUAAAGGACACAGUUUAAACCUAGUUGCAUUUUAAUGGUGGUAGAAAUAAUUGUCAAAAUUAGACAAACUAAUUUUCUCAUAUGCAUAGGACCUGGAUAGAUUAGGAAAGUAAUUUUGUGCUGAAAAAUAAAAUAUAUAAGUGCAUUAACCAUGAUUAUUAUUGCAGAAAUGCUUGUUUUAAGAGUAGUAUUUUAUUAUGUUCAUUACUCAAAGAAGAAAAAUUAUUGACUAGAAAUUCACCUGGACUAGGUCAAGAACAAGGACACAUUUAGUGCAACUUUUUCAGCGUGGAUUUUAAUUUGUUGUUGCAGCUUCAUAGACGGAAAUGGCAACCAUUGACAGACUAAGGCAAACAAGUUUAAAACUUAGCAGUAAUUUAUAACUUACUUCAUCUUAGUUUAGUCGUCUUUGCUCACAGAAAUAGACCUCUCUAAUUACCUAAAAGUCCCUGCCUUAGUACGUCCUGUAUCUGAUAGUAAAACAAGUCCACUAACACUAAGAUCGUUAAAUGUCAAUGUGCCACAUUUACCAAUAAACUACACAUUUGAAAGAGCAGACUUUUAGCUGGAGACAAGUUACCUACCCCUGAGUGGGAGCAUUUAUCAUAGGAUCCCCCUUACUUGAAUAUAUUAAUGCCAUUAUAAGUGAGACAAACUGCAUGAAUAAUACAGAACCCAAUAAAAAGACACCAGACUUCAAAAAAUUCAAUUAAACUGACAUACUCUUCCACACACUUAAACCCCCCACACCAACCCAACAAAACAAAAUUUGAAUCUUGCUUUUCAGCAACAGAAUGUAGUGAAGUGCAGCUUCGUAUGAAAUGGAACUCAGAUGUAGCAGUACAAUGACAGUGGAUUUGAUAACAGCUGAUUCUGUGAAAUGUAAGGCUCCCGAUCCAUCACACAUACUGCAUCAUGUCUACCUGUAUAAUGAUAGGAACUGCACAUUUAUAUCACAGGGGUUCGUUAUCAAACAAUGUGCUGGGAACCUAUGUUAUUUGAAAAGAAUAGUUCCAAACUCACAGGCUAAUCAUGGGGUAAAAACCAUUUUGUUCGAUACCUCGAGUCUUAAUCACCAUAAUAAAUUUUGCAUCCAGUCUAGAUAGCUAAUGGGGCCUAUCAAAUUGAAUGUUACUUGUAUCCACACUUUAUUUUUGCAGCUGAGAGACAUAUACAAGUAGUACUGAAAUAGAUUCCAGAUCUUUCUUUACAUGUUGCUUUCUUGUGUUUUUUUUUUUUUUAUACAUGCAUGUAAGUCAUUGAGAUUUGGCAGUCUGUAGUAUGAAAUAGGGACAAAAUAAUAUACUUCUUGUCACCACCAUAUUUCAGAAAUAGUGUUUCUGUUUUCUGCUUCAGAAAGUGAGUAAUGUUUUAUAUGUUCUUUUUGCUUUUAAUCAUAAUACAGAACAUAGUAAGGUGCAUACAUUUCUUUUCUUUUGCAGUAUCUACUUUGGGAACUUAAAAAGCUUUGGUCACUGAGAAUUUAAUGGGAUUAAUUUGUAAAAGUGACUUUGGUUAGUACUCUUAGCCAAAGACAGUUUUCAACAUUUUGUGUUACAUACUUUUAAUAGCAUGAACCAGUGUAAGCAAAUGAAUUAUUACCAACUUCUUAAAGUAUUCGAACAUGUAUUAGCAUGUUUGCUGUGGAAAGCACAUUCUCACUAAAAUAAAUAUACAUUGAAAUGCAUAGUCAAUUAACAGAAAUAAUGUGCUUAUACCUAUGAGUUAGGCUCAAUUGUCCGAAAUGAUAUAGUUAUUAUUAUACAGAGAAGUGCCUUUUCCAGUAGCUUUAUUAACAUGAUUUCCAGAUUCCAUGUGUGGUAUUAAGGAUAUAUUUAUAUAUUUACCCUAACUUAAAUUGUGCAGGUUAAGCCAGCUCACCAUAACAUCAGUUAUUAUCUGCUGCAUAUGCAAACAGUAAAUAUGUUAUUUUUCAUUAGUUCAUACCUUUAUUGGUACAUAUUACUUAUCAGUUAAUAAUUGUACUGCAAAACUCUCUUUGCAGGUAUCUUUGCUUGGUGUCAGCUAAAAAUAAAUCUCUUCACUUGGUGUCAACUGAAGGUAUUUCGUCCAAAGAUGAAUAUAAUUCUUUGGACGUUAUCAGUCACAUAGUGGAGCAGCUGGGCUUAAUUUUAAUCUGCAGAAUACAGAAUACAAUUUUAUUUUUUAUUAUUCACAUACCUAUGAAAUCUCUUGAGGUUAAGCAUUUUAAUUCUGUAACAUGUUUUUACAGCUCUGAUUUGUAUGUUUUACCUCUACGGUCAUGCAUAUAUUUCAACUUUAGUCAAGCAUGGAGGCCUUGACUUGGAUAGGAAGAUAUUUAACUGCAGAAUAAAUGCAUACAUUUCAAUUCA